AUGGCCGUCAAGGUCGGCAUCAACGGUUUCGGCCGUAUCGGCCGUAUUGUUCUUCGUAAUGCUCUCACCCAUGGCGACAUCGAGGUCGUCGCCGUGAACGACCCCUUCAUCAACCUUGAGUACAUGGUCUACAUGUUCAAGUACGACACCGUCCACGGUCGCUACAAGGGCACUGUUGAGACCAAGGAUGGCAAGCUCGUCGUUGACGGCAACCCCAUCUCCGUCUUCGAGGAGAAGGACCCCUCGAACAUCAAAUGGGCCAGCGUUGGCGCCGAGUACAUUGUCGAGUCCACUGGUGUCUUCACCACCGUUGACAAGGCCUCCGCUCACUUGAAGGGUGGUGCCAAGAAGGUCAUCAUCUCCGCUCCUUCUGCCGAUGCCCCCAUGUUCGUCUGCGGUGUUAACCUCGACUCCUACGACUCCAAGUACACCGUCAUCUCGAACGCGUCCUGCACCACCAACUGCCUUGCGCCCCUCGCCAAGGUCAUCAACGAUGAAUUUGGCAUUGUUGAAGGUCUUAUGACCACUGUCCACUCCACUACCGCCACUCAGCGCACCGUCGACGGCCCUUCGAUGAAGGACUGGCGUGGUGGCCGUGCUGUCGCCAGCAACAUCAUCCCUUCCUCAACCGGUGCCGCCAAGGCCGUCGGCAAGGUCAUCCCCUCACUGAACGGCAAGCUCACCGGCAUGUCCUUCCGUGUCCCGACCCUCGACGUCUCCGUCGUCGACCUUGUCGUCCGCCUCGACAAGCCUGCUUCGUAUGAGGACAUCACCCGCACUAUCAAGAAGGCCGUCGACGGCCCGCUCAAGGGCAUCAUGGACUACACCGACGAGAAGGUCGUCUCGACCGACUUCACCGGCAACACCGCGUCGUCGAUCUUCGACGCCGAGGCGGGUAUCGCGCUCAACAAGAACUUCGUCAAGCUCAUCGCCUGGUACGACAACGAGUGGGGCUACUCCCGCCGUGUCUGCGACCUUCUCGCGUUCGCGGCGAAGAAGGACGGUGCGAUCUAA